AUGAAGCUUGAUACUAGCGGUCUUGAAUCAGCCGCGCCGCUGGUUGGCGCGAGCAGUGGGUUUCUCGAUGGGUUUGCAGAUGCUCCGUCGUUCGAGGUUCCUACUACCAAUGAUUUUGAUGGCUUUCAGAAAGAAGCUAUUCAAAUGGUGAAGCCUGCCAAGGGGACAACCACACUUGCUUUUAUCUUCAAGGAAGGCGUCAUGGUUGCCGCUGAUUCUCGAGCUAGCAUGGGAGGAUAUAUAUCCUCACAAUCUGUGAAGAAAAUUAUUGAAAUCAAUCCUUACAUGCUUGGUACAAUGGCUGGAGGAGCCGCUGACUGCCAGUUUUGGCAUAGAAAUCUAGGGAUAAAGUGCCGGUUGCAUGAAUUGGCAAACAAGCGCAGAAUUUCAGUUACAGGGGCAUCAAAGCUGUUGGCAAACAUUCUGUACUCUUACCGUGGCAUGGGUCUCUCUGUUGGGACCAUGAUAGCUGGAUGGGAUGAAACGGGUCCUGGACUCUAUUAUGUGGACAGUGAGGGAGGAAGAUUGAAAGGCAUGCGGUUUUCAGUUGGAUCUGGUUCACCAUAUGCUUAUGGUGUUCUCGAUAAUGGGUACCGGUACGAUAUGUCUGUUGAAGAAGCUGCUGAGUUGGCUAGAAGGGCUAUAUAUCAUGCAACAUUCCGUGAUGGAGCCAGUGGUGGAGUUGCAAGCGUUUAUCACGUGGGACCAAAUGGAUGGAAGAAGCUUUCUGGCGACGAUGUUGGGGAGCUUCACUAUCACUAUUAUCCUGUAGUCCAAGGUGCAGUUGAACAGGAAAUGGUUGAAGUAGCUGGGGCCUAA